AUGCUCUCAGGAUCCAUCCCCCUUCAGCUUUUGAGGCGCCUCAAAACCCGGGCCUUCCUCUUAGUCUGUAGGAUCCGUCAUGUUGUUGUCUAUCCCCUUUCAGCCCAUAAAGCGGCAGCGGGCAACAGCAACGUGCCUGUGGUGCUAUCUCCCCGCGACAUAAACGUCGGCAACGCCACCGGCAUGGCACCCCGCGCCUUCCUCGCAGCCUACAAGGUCUUCUGGGGCAACUCUGUCACAGGCGGCGGGAUCACUGCCACGUAUGCUGACGUGGAGGCAGCAGUCAACGCGGCUGUCGCUGACGGGGUUGACGUCAUCUCGCUCUCCCUGGGCGGCGCAGACCCCAGUGCCACGUAUUUCAGCGAUCUACCGUAUUUAUAUGCGAAUCUGGCCGGCACGGUGGUGGUUUAUGCAGCGGGGAACUCCGGUCCUCCUCCUCUCACCUCUUCAAUGUAUCGCAGCAUCUCCAACUUCUCGCCAUUCUACCUCACUGUUGGCGCCAGGUGGGUUUCCAGGUGGCUUUCUGUUGGUGCCAGGUUAGUGCACCAUCGCUUGCAGCUACGUCUCUUCAGCCACGCUGGGCGACGGGCGAGUCGUGAAGCUGUACGGCCUUGUGCAUUCCGGUAUCAACCUCUCCUCCCCCUUUUUCCCUCCCCUUUCCCCUCCCCCUUUUCCCCUCCCCUUUCCCCUCCCCCUUUUCCCCUCCCCCCUUUCCCCUCCCCCUUUUCCCCUCCCCCCUUUCCCCUCCCCCUUUUCCCCUCCCCCCUCUCCCCCUGCAGCACCAUCGCUCGCAGCUAUGUGUCGGCUGCCACGCUGGGCGACGGGCGGGUGGUGAAGCUGUACGGGUUUGGCUCGGGAAACGUGCCGGUGCAGGGACUGGGGCUGGUGGAGGGCGCUGCAGCGCGGGCAGCCGGGAAGACUGAGAUCGAGGUGGGUGUGGGGAAGGGCAGAUGCAGUGCGGUGCAGGGUCUGGGGCUGGUGGAGGGUGUUGCAGCGCAGGCAGCCGGGAAGAGUGAGAUCGAGGGUCAAUACUGUGCUGAAGGCGCACUGAACGCCGCCAAGAUUGCAGGGAAGAUCGUUCUGUGCUCGUAUGGGUGGACCAGCAGCAGAAGCAAGGCAGCAGAGGUUGCUGGGAAGGGCGGCAGCGCUGUGAUUGUAGUGGAUGUGCCUGUAACAGCCAGAACGUACCCUAUUUAUGAGGCUCGGCUGCCGGUCAUGGGAUCAGAGGCGAGCGAGACGGGUGUUUUGCGCGCGUACACCCGCACUGCUGCCAGGUGA